AUAACCUCUGCCUGCCAAAGCUCCAACCUUUCCUCCUCCUCCUCCUCCUCCCGCGGACCAAACCCCGACGACGGCGAGGAGGCCAAGAACGCCAAUCCACACAAGCUCGCGGCUUGCGCGCGAGAGGGGAGCGAGAAAACUCGCGCGAGAUUUUCUCCUCUCCUCUCCGUUUCUUGUUUGGAUUGGUCCACGGUUCUUGGGGGGACCGGGCGGCCGCCAUUGAUCUGGUUCUGGUGUGUGGGUGCGGGGGACAGGGGGGACGUUUCUUGAUCUGAUGAUGGCGAGCACGACGUCCGCGACGGCCGCCGCGGGCGCGUUCGCCGCCGCGAAGACGCGGGCGGGGUCGGCGGCGACGGCGGGCGCGUGCCAGAGGGUGGCCGCCGGCGGGCGGAGGCGGUCCGGCGUGGUGCGGUGCGACGCCGGCGUGGAGGCCCAGGCGCAGGCGGUGGCCAAGGCGGCCAGCGUCGCCGCGCUCGAGCAGUUCAAGAUCUCCGCCGACCGGUACAUGAAAGAAAGAAGUAGCAUAGCCGUAAUAGGCCUCAGUGUACACACAGCACCAGUGGAAAUGCGUGAGAAACUUGCUGUUGCAGAGGAACUAUGGCCCCGUGCUAUCUCAGAACUCACCAGUCUGAAUCAUAUUGAAGAGGCCGCUGUUCUUAGUACCUGCAAUAGAAUGGAAAUUUAUGUGGUAGCUUUAUCGUGGAACCGUGGGAUUAGAGAAGUCGUAGACUGGAUGUCAAAGAAAAGUGGAAUCCCUGCUUCUGAGCUCAGGGAGCAUCUCUUCAUGUUGCGUGACAGUGAUGCCACACGUCAUCUGUUUGAGGUAUCAGCCGGGCUUGACUCUUUGGUUCUUGGAGAAGGGCAAAUCCUUGCUCAAGUUAAACAAGUUGUCAGAAGUGGGCAAAACAGUGGAGGCUUGGGAAAGAACAUCGAUAGGAUGUUCAAGGAUGCAAUCACGGCUGGAAAGCGUGUCCGCUGUGAAACUAACAUAUCAUCUGGUGCUGUAUCUGUCAGUUCAGCUGCAGUUGAAUUGGCCCUGAUGAAGCUUCCAAAGUCUGAGUGCCUAUCAGCUAGGAUGCUGUUGAUUGGUGCCGGCAAGAUGGGCAAGCUAGUGAUUAAACAUUUGAUUGCCAAGGGAUGCAAGAAAGUUGUUGUGGUGAACCGUUCAGUGGAAAGGGUGGAUGCCAUUCGUGAAGAGAUGAAAGACAUCGAGAUUGUGUACAGGCCUCUGACUGAGAUGUAUGAAGCUGCUGCCGAAGCUGAUGUUGUGUUCACAAGCACAGCAUCUGAAACCCCAUUGUUCACAAAGGAACACGCAGAGGUGCUUCCCCCAAUCUCUGAUGCUAUGGGUGGUGUGCGGCUUUUUGUCGACAUAUCUGUCCCCAGAAACGUCAGCGCCUGCGUGUCUGAAGUUGGCCACGCGCGAGUUUACAACGUCGAUGACUUGAAAGAGGUGGUGGAGGCCAACAAGGAGGACCGGCUCAGGAAAGCAAUGGAGGCCCAGGCAAUCAUCACCCAAGAACUGAAGCGGUUCGAGGCAUGGAGGGACUCGCUGGAGACUGUCCCAACUAUCAAGAAGCUGAGAUCCUACGCCGACAGGAUCAGGGCUUCAGAGCUCGAGAAGUGCCUUCAGAAGAUCGGAGAAGACGCCCUCACCAAGAAGAUGAGAAGAUCCAUCGAGGAGCUCAGCACCGGCAUCGUGAACAAGCUCCUGCACGGCCCAUUGCAGCACCUGAGAUGCGACGGCAGCGACAGCCGCACCCUCGACGAGACGCUGGAGAACAUGCACGCUCUCAACCGGAUGUUCAGCCUCGACACCGAGAAGGCGAUCAUCGAGCAGAAGAUCAAAGCCAAGGUGGAGAAAUCCCAGAACUGAGAUCAAGAAACAAUUUUUUUUCAGCCCCUUGUAUCUAUGUAUACUACCUACCAAAUCUGUCCAGACAAUUCUGAUUCCAAUUUUUCUUUUUCUCCACUUGAUGAUCCUUUUGCUUACUGAGUGAGCCAUCGCUGAGUUGGGUCAAAUUGUGUCGUGAAUUGGCGCCAUGGCAGCUGCUAAACCUGUUGAGAGAUAACUAGGAAAAAAGGCAACCUUGUCUGUAUAUUACUGCAGCUACUGUGGCAAGGGCUCCAUUUUGAAGUUAUAUAUACACGCUGUUGGUGAAAUAAAACAGAAGUUCAUCAAUGUGUCA